AUGGAUAUUUUAUUGUCAUUUGCACUUUAUGGGGGUAUUACUAGUAUUCGGGAUAUGGGUGGUGAUGUACCAUUUCUACUUCCUUAUGUAUCAUUAGGCUUCUUACCAAAAAUUCCUUAUCCAAGAAUAUAUUAUUCUUGUUUAAUUGGUGGACCAGAUUUCAUGCUUGAUCCAAGAGUACAACAAGCUGCACAUGGGACUGUACCAGGAGCAACGGGAUGGUUAAGAAGUAUUACAAACACAACAGAUAUUCCUGCUGCUAUUAAAUCUGCAGUUGAUAUUGGUGUUACCGGAAUUAAAAUUUAUGCUGACUUAGAUAAGAAUUUGACUGUGACUAUUACCAAAGAAGCUAAAAAGCAAGGUCUACGAAUAUGGGCUCAUAGUGCUAUCUUUCCAACCAAACCAUCAGAAGAAGUCUCCGCUGGCAUCGAAGUAUUAUCACAUACAGCUUAUUUUGUAUUUGAAUCAUAUGAUCCAAUGCCACAAAGUUAUAAAGUUCGAUUUAAUGGUGAUUAUGUAAAUCAUAGUUAUAAUUCUCAAAAUAUUACUAAUCUUUUACAAAUGAUUAAACAAGCUGAUGUAAUUUUAGAUGCUACUGUUUAUGUUUUUACUGAACCUGAUUCUAUUAGAGCUAAUUCAUAUUUUUCUAUGUUUCGUUCAUCUGCAUCUACAGCAUCUCAUAAUAACGAUUUAGAUUUUCCUCGAAUAGGUCAACAAUGGAUUUUUAAUGUAACACGUAAUGCACAUGAGUUAGGUAUUCGUAUUUGUGCAGGAACAGAUGAUCUCGGUUCAAGUGAGUUAGGUGACAAAUUUCCCAACAUACACAAAGAAAUUGAAUUAUUUGUCCAUGAAUGUGGUUUUAGUCCACUUGAAGCAAUAACGUCUGCUACUAAAACAGCAUCACAAGCUAUCGGAAUAGAUAAAUAUUAUGGUACUAUUGAACCUGGAAAAGUUGCUGAUUUAGUUAUAUUAUAUGAUGAUCCUUCUAUUGAUAUCACUAAUACAAGAAAAAUUUAUAGUGUUAUUAAACAAGGAGUAUUUUAUACAAUACCGAACCAGACAUUAUGA